UUCAGGUGCUGGAAUCAACUAAAAUUGUUAUAUCAAGAGGAGGAACCGUAAAGUAGUUCGUGCAUUCAUUACUCCACUUCAUGUAGUGUGUAUGUGUUGCUGAAGUGGGACAAAGUAUGGCGACCGAAGCUAUUUAUCCGCACAGAGACCCAAUGCUGAAGAAAAGGGAUGACUUUGAGGACAUGCUGGAGGAGAGGAGGAACUCCAGCGACCUGCGAUAUGCCCUCCGAUGUUACACUCCUGUUCUUUACAAGGGACUGGCGCCCUGUAAAGCCAGCAUGCUGAAGAGCAUGGUGCUUCAGUCGGAUCAACUGCACUAUGUCAUCGAUCAGGUUUCCAGAGAAACGGGCAGGGCGGCUGACGACGUUCAGGAGGAGGCGUCGGCCAUCUUGGAGGAGAUGGCUCACUGUCUGCAGCUCAGCACUGUUCGCUUCUUUGCCUACACGCUCAGCAAGGUUUUCAAAAACUUGUUCAGGAGCAUCUGCGUCAACGAAGAAGGCAUCCAGAGGCUCCAACAGGCCAUCCAGGAGCACCCAGUGGUCCUGUUACCCAGCCACCGUAGUUACAUGGACUUCCUGCUGAUGUCGUACAUCCUGUACACCUACGACCUCGCUCUGCCUGUCAUCGCUGCCGGCAUGGACUUCAUGGGGAUGAAAUUUGUCGGCGAGAUGCUGCGGAUGUCUGGAGCUUUCUUCAUUCGCAGGUCGUUCGGUGGAGACAAACUGUACUGGUCGGUCUUUUCAGAGUAUGUCAAGACCAUGCUCAAGAAUGGUUUUGCGCCGGUUGAAUUUUUUUUAGAGGGGACCAGAAGCCGAACGUCCAAGUCUUUGACGCCAAAGUUAGGCCUGUUGAAUAUAGUCAUGGAUCCAUACCUUAAAGGCGAGGUGUACGACAUUAACGUGGUCCCUGUCAGUAUCAGCUAUGAGAGGAUCUUGGAGGAGGCGCUUUAUGCCAGAGAAAUGCUGGGUGUUCCCAAACCCAAAGAGUCCACUUCAGGUCUGUUUAAAGCCAGAAAGGUCCUCAGCGAGGACUACGGCAGCAUCCACGUGUACUUCGGUCAUCCAGUGUCUGUGAGGAGUUUAGCCCAGGGCAGAGUUAAUCGCUGCCAGUUUAACCUGGUACCAAGACACAUCCCCAGGAGACCCAGCGAGGACAUCCAAAGCUUUGUGAAUGACUCCGCCUACAGGCUGGUGCGAGCCCAGGAGGAGAACAUGGUCCUGAAGCCGUGGGUCCUUCUGGCCUCCCUGCUGCUCCGGAACCACCACCAGGACCAGCCGGCGGGGCAGAAACAGGGCAUGGUGCUAGAAGAGCUGACUGCACAAGCUGUGUGGCUCAGGAACAUGUUCCGAGAGUACGGAGCCUUCCUCCACUGGCCCGACCACGUCCCUCCAUCAGAGGUGGUGUCCUCCAGUCUUUCCCUGCAUCGAGGUCUAGUGAGGGUCUGUGAGGGCAGAGUCCAGCUGGCAGUGGAACAAGGCGGCCAGGUGAAACCAGGGGAGCCUCAAAGCACCGUCACUCCAGAAGAAGAGCUCUUGAGCCAGGCAGUCAUCGUACUCUCCUGCGCCUCGUACAGGAACCAGGGGCUGCAUGUGUUCCUCAGACCAGCUCUGCUGGCAUCAGCCAUCAAUGCUGCUUCCUCCAACCAGAAACAGGAGGUCUUCAACAGUUUCAGCUUCCUCAGGAACAUGUUCUCCAAUGAGUUCAUCCUCUGUCCUGGAGCAACAGUGCAGGACUUCGAGGAGGCCUGCUACCUGCUGGUGAAGACUGGAGCUCUGCAGGUUACGCAGCAGGAGCUUCUGGUGACAGAAAGAGGGCAGAGUACAGUGGCCUUCCUCACCAGCAUGCUAGAUCCUUUCUUGCAGGGAUACCAGGUGGUGUGCCGGUUCCUGUGUGAAGAGGCCACUGAGAAUCUGACGGAAAAGCAGUUUAUUCCUGCUGUCCGAAAGUUCAUCAUUAAACACCUUUUAGCAGGUAGACUAAGAUACACUGAGGUGUUGUCGUCUGACCUCCAGAAGAACUCUCUUGCAGCUCUGCUCAGACUCGGCGCCGUACAGAAAAUCAAAGCAGCGGAGCAGGGGACUCUAAAGGUCAACAAGGUGAUGGUGAACUCAUUGGAAGACACUCUUGGAGGAAGACUCCCGACUCAGAAAGCUGUAGGCGCUCGCCUCUAAUUCACCGACCUCAUCGGGGGACCGAGAAGAGUUGAACCUUUUUUUUCUUUAACCUGCAUCGCUGACGUAACACGACGAUGUCUCAGCUCUUCUCUACAAACUGCUUUCUGUGAGAGGUGGAACAAAAGAAUUCCCAUCUGGAGACGGCUCAACCCCCUUUUUAUUUUAUUUUUUUCUCUCUUUUCAACACUCAAUUUUUCCCCCCUCUUUUCUAUUAAAAACCUUUUUCUAUACGUUCAUAACCGCAUAUGCUCCAUGAGGCCUUUGAAGGUAUACAGCUAAGCUCUUUGGCUCAUUCUGAAUAACCGACCUUUUUGCUAUGAGCAGCCUCAUGAAAGCACCUGAAUGUGCCGGCUCCACUCAGAAUAGCGGCCCUUCUCUGUUAAUGCACUUGAAACAUAUCUACUAAACACUCAGCGGGGCGCUUCUUUGUGUUUCUUUCACGCUGCUUUUCAUCUGCGCUUCAGUCUUUUAGCCUCGUUUUUUUCUUUUGAGCACUUUAAUCAAUUUACUCAUGCGAUGUGGUGUGGACCUGCAGUACAUAUAUCUUCACUCCCUUUUUCUGUUUUUCCUCUUAGUAUUUCUGUUUUUCUGGUACUGAAAUGGGUGUUUUAAGAAGAUUUUGAUGGUUACAACAUUUGAGCUUUUGGUAGAAAAAAAAAAAAAAGAUUUUCUCUUGCGCUGUACGAACAAAAGAUUUUAUCUAGUUGAGUUGAAUUUGCCACAGACUGCAAGAGUGGCUUGAUCGGGUGUCGCUGAAUUUAAACCACCCUUUCAGGAUUUGAGUUUCCAGCUACCGUCAAGCCUUUAGCCAACACACUCCAGAUCUGGCGGUGCAUUCAUCUUUGUUUACACAGUGGAGAUAAUGUCUAAUGCCAGUGUCUCAUACUUGCCAAAGUCCAUAUAAAAAUGCAGUUGAUUAAACUGAAGCACUACCAGCUACACCAAAGGCAUAAGUUUGAUAUAGUUUUUUCAUGUUCUCAAGUCUAGAAGUUACUUAAGUUGCUGAAAUCUGAAAAAGGUAGUUUAAUAUUCAGCUUUUAUUUAUUGUCAAAGUGACACACAUGCGAUAUCAUUUUGUUACAAAGGAAGGAAGAAAAAGCCAAAAGUAGAAAAAAGGAAGCAGCCAAUGAAAUGCUAAUAAAUUGUCUCAGAGGCUGAAGGACUUCACUUAAAAAAGAGCUUUAAAAGCCAAUGAGUUAUUUUCUUUCUUUUUUUUUGAGACUCAGGUUACCUGCUUUAUUAAUUACAUUUUUUACCAAUCAGAUUUCCCAAAUUAGAGUUUUGAAGCUAUUUAUUUGGUAGUUAACUAGCAGUGUUUCAAUGUUGACCAUGAAAUCUCAUAGAAAUUUCUACUAUAAUUUCUGCCCAACCAAGAAGGGAAUUGUUUAGUGUCAUACCUUCAGUCUGACGGUACAGAGACGAGAAAAUGUUUGACAGCUCACAUCGAGGAUCAUAAUCGUGUCACUCUAUGACGCCUCAUAUGUCUCUUUAGCAGACAAGUGUUCAACAUUCUCACAGAGGAAUGUGAUUAUUUUGUCUGUUAAACGGGUAGAAGAGGCCAAAUAAGACAAAUUCGUUAAUCGCUUUGUUUUGAAAAUUUGGCUCCACACAAAGCAGCUCUACAAGCACUUUGAUGAGCUGGACAAACUAAAACACUAAAAAUAAAUCUGAAAUUGGCUCCAAAAAAGAAAAAAAUAUCAAAAGAUAUAUUUACUAGAAAUUACUAGAAAAUUUUACUAGAAAUUUAGAUUUUAAUGUACUUGACACUCAAGUGUUGGUACGGACUCAGUUUAGACGGUAUUGGAUGUUUGAUACACUCCACAAAGCAGUGAUUACAUGCAAUAACUAGCACUUUGCCACAUCCAACAAAAAACCUUAAAACUGACCUCAAAUUCAGGAAAAAAGCGACUAGAGUCUGAUUUUCUUGUUAUCAGCUGCAAAAAAAAAUCAGACUGGUUAUACUGAGCUGUUGUGUUAAAACCAACCAAACUCCCCUGUAAAAUGUCUCAAUUAAAAUAAAUAAAUUAAUUAAAAAAUACUGAAUCUUCUGUAAUUGCCAAAUUUGCCAGACACUGAACUUUUAUUUUUGAAGCCAGGCUUCAGUCAACCAACAACAAAGCAAGAAAUGUUUGUAGAGCAACAAUCUGCACGUCAACACACGUCACCCAAAGUGCAAGUCUACUGUGUGAGUGUAUUUGUGGUUGAAUUAUUGGGUUUUUCAAUAACAGCUUUUAUACUGUGUUAUGUCUAAGUAUUUUUGUGUCUGUGUGUGUGUGUGUGCGCAUACCAGAAUUGAUUAAAUUGAAGUGUGUAUGCGUUGGUUGAGGCCUUUUAGUACAGAAUGUACAGGCUGAUGAAAUAUAUAAAAGCAUGUGAAUAAAGCUUUUUUUAAAAUACA